AUGGACGAAACGGACAUCAUGGACUUAACGCAUCAGAAAGCGAGGAAGCGACCGCGUCCAAUCAGUUCCGUGGAUGAGUCGGUGCACGCGUCGCUUAAACGGCUCCCGAUCCGAGCGGCGGAGUGCAGGGAGCCCUCCUCACUCAUGUAUGCAGUCCGAGGAGAGCCGGUGCCCGCUGCGUCUCUCAAGCAGAAUGACCACUCGGUGACUUCCUCUCCAAACACAGUGAUGCCGGCGCAGGUAAACGCGUAAAGUCCGAUUUCAUUUCGAAUAAACGGAGAGAAAUGAGUGUGAGAGCGUCUGUCGGGGUAGCCGGAGGAGCGCAGUGACAGACACUUAGGGUUUAUCAAAUGCUCAGUGUGAUUAUGUCUGUAAAUGUCACGUUAUUUGAGCAUUACGCACGCACAAUCCUCUCAUAUUGAUUUACUGUUAAUAGAUAUUCCACAUGCAGGGAGUGUGGCUCAUGAUCACAGUUAUUCUCAGGGAUUGUGCUGUUUCACACACACACGCCUUUCGCUCCCAUCUUCUCUCCGGGUGUGAAACUUUUUGCGGGGAAAAGUCAUUUUCUUCUGAGAGCUCACACAAAUCGUCUGCUAAUGGUGUUUGUAGGUUAACAGGAGACAAUUUCCUCCAAAUCCUAUUACAGUAUUCAAAUCGAGAGUCAUUAUUGCUCAUUUUCCAAGACUGAGAGAUUGAUGCUCCAAAUUAAUUUGGUUUUGGAGAUUAUGGCCCACAGGAGUGGAUGCUUGUGGAUUGUGGCAACAUCCAGGUCAAGGUCAGGCUGCUUGAACUUGCACAGAAGAUGAAUCUUUCUUUUUACUCCUGACUGUUGAGUGUGAGAUUGCAGAAAUGUUAAAAUUAAUGUAUUUGACUAUUUUAACUCCACAAUCCACUUCUUUAAAUUUCAAUGAUCAAACCCCUUGUGGUUGAGGUGCUGUAUUUCCCAUCAGAAAUUAACACAUCUUCCUCUCUGUCAUACUCCCCAGUGUUGUAAUUUUUUUCUCCCCCUUGUUUUGUCUCACAGGAUAAUCGCUCCAGCAUGUCCCGGCCUAUGAUCACGCGGUCACCAGUGUCUCCCUUGAGUAACCAGGGCAUCCCCACACCUGCGCAGCUCACCAAAUCUAAUGCCCCUGUGCACAUUGAUGUGGGUGGACACAUGUACACCAGCAGCCUGGCCACUUUAACAAAAUUCCCAGAAUCCCGGUGAGUCACCUCUACCAUGAAUCUGUAUUUUAAGUAUUUGAUGCAGAUAUAGUUUGCAGUUUCUGCCCGAGGAAAGAGUUUGUUUUUCUGUGAAUUUCGCCUGUAAAACUGAGACAUUUGUGGAAGAUUUAGUGCCUUUAGUUUGAAUUCAGAUGUGUGUAACAGCAACAGAAUGUCAUCCUGUGACAUUAAACAGUCAAAUGUCACAUCUUCUCAAAUCAUGAAAAUAUCUUAGGGAUGCUCUCGGUUGAGAAACAGAGUUUUGCUGAAAUGUUUGAAAGAAUGCACCAUGAGAUGCUUUCAGCUUCAUCAAAAAUGCCCACAGUUAUUUUUGAGUAGUAAACAAUUUGCUGGAGCCUAAAGUGCAGAAUGCAGAGCACAGACAAAGGCAACUUGGUUAUUCUGACAGAUGUCACAGCAGCAGUAAAGGGCCAAAGGGCAUGGGGCCAUCUGGAGGCUGGGAGGCCGAACUGUCGCUUGGAGCCUGAGGCCUGGGGGUGACUGGCACCCCGCCUCAGGCCACCAACUACCAGCUGGCCCUGACCUUCUCAGACCACUUCUGCUUUUAAUCUUCAACCUUCUUUCUUUCUUUCUUUCUUUCUUUCUUUCUUUCUUUCUUUCUUUCUUUGACAUGGCUGGUGCGUGUUUUGAGCUCGGUAAUAUGUGCAUAUCUGUGCGAAGGUGUGAAAAACAUUUCCGAGCUGGAGAGUGACUCACCUCUCUCUUCACAUGCUCUUGCUUCACUGUAUAAUUUUUGCCUCUCUCUCUCUUUUUCCAUCCUACUCGACAAGGUGCAAAGACAGAAACUUAUUAGCUCACCGCUUAUGUUAUGAACUUAAGCAAAUAUCAAUGAUUUUUUAAUAUUGUCAUGUGUGUGUGUGUGUGUCCCCUCUCCCCUCCCCUCUGCCUCCCCCUCCCCUCUCUAUGGGUAGAAUUGGUCGUCUCUUUGAUGGCACAGAGCCCAUAGUCCUGGACAGCCUGAAGCAGCACUACUUCAUUGACAGGGAUGGACACAUGUUCCGCUACAUCCUCAACUUCCUCAGGACGUCCAAGCUCCUCAUCCCAGACGACUUCAAAGUGAGUGCAUGUCCAUCCUAACACUGUAAAGUCCCAUCAGCCAGUCAGCACUCCUACAACUUAGCACACACACACACACAUACCCACACACGCACAUACAAUGAAUGCUAAAGCUGGGGAACGCCUUUGGUCACUGGCCCUCCUUUUAAAAAAAAGAGAAAAAAAAUGGUUCCCAUGCUGAAGACUAAAUAUGAGGGCAAACAAAGCUCAAUCAUAAUGCGUUUACUCAUCACGAGGUUCGGUUCAAUCCCCUGCAGCUCUAAGCAGCCGAAGAUUCUUUGGAGAUAUGUCAGGAGAACAAUAAACUUCAACAAAGACAAAUAAAUAAAUCCUGUGGCGCCACAUUUCUCCACUGCUCCAUAAUCUUGAGCCAAGUGUCCAUCCAGAGUAAGUCUCACUGUAUGUGUCACGCUCAAAUUCACCCUCUUUUUUUUUUUAAUUUAUGUGUCGUUUAGUCAGUAAUUACUUAACUAGCCCCGGGAGAAAACAAAUAAGCACAUUAUCUGAUGGACUGUCCACAGUGUGACUCAAUCAGUGGAAAGUAUGUCAGCUAAAAUAAGCAAAAGACAAAAGGCAGGCUCAAGUUCAAGAUAAGGCCACGUUCACAUUGAGUGGUUGCAUUUCUUCUUCUUCUUCUUCUUUUUUUAAAGAGCAUGAGAAAUCUCGGCUGUGUUAAGAUUCAGGCCCUGCAGUCCUGCGGGUAAAGGAUCUGCUCCUCUACCCCACACAGCCCUGUGUUACAUGUCGCACUACAUCUCCUCCACUCGGGAUUUUUUUCUAAUUUUUGCUGAAUGGUGUCUCCUCUGUGGUUUAUUGCUCGCUCAUGCAGAACUGUGGUUUUUCAAGCUUCUUUGUUGUUGUUGCUUUUUUUGGGUCGGGAAAGAAAUCGCAACUUGAAAAUAAUUCUGUUUUGGGGUGUUUUUUUGCUCUCUAGUAUGAUAAAUCAUGCUCUAGUAUGUAUGGAGGUUACCAGUUUCCUCAAAUUAAGCUUUAUCUAUCUUAAAAAAUGGAGAGUCGUCUUGUCAAAUUUAUGUCAAACGUCUUUGAGGAAAGUUUAUGGGUUGUUUGGACGUAAGGAUGUAAACAGGCAUAAAUAAAACAUUAAAAACUCAAAUGAUAUUGAUUAUUCCUGCGUAUCUGAAGUAUAUAUGAUGUUUACCACUCGUUAUCAUCUUCCCUGUACUGACUUCACUACCCAGUAGGAGUUACUGACUUUGACUCUGUUUAUUUUUGUUCUUUAGAGCCUCAUUUAUAAGAAAUUUACGAUAGCAGAAUUAGUGUCUUAACCCUUUAUCCCACCAUGAUACUCAAGCUCUGAUGCUUCAAAAACGUUUUGUAUCAGUGUUGAGCCAAAUCUAACUGACAGUGAAUAAUCAGAGACAUCAUACUCAUUCAUGGCUGUUAAAUGAUCCGCAGCAUUUGCUAUGUUUUCUAAAGAAAUAUUUGAUCUGCUUCCUUCAGGACUACAGUCUGCUAUAUGAGGAGGCGCGGUACUUCCAGCUGCAGCCCAUGCUGGCAGAGCUGGAGCGCUGGCGUCAGGACCAGGAGCUGGGUCGGGUGUCCCGCCCCUGCGAGUGUUUGGUGGUGCGCGUCGCACCUGACCUGGGCGAGAGGAUUACACUCAGCGGAGACAAGGCCCUGAUUGAAGACGUGUUCCCGGAAAUAGGCGACGUCAUGUGCAACUCUGUGAACGCCGGCUGGAACCAUGACUCCACGCAUGUCAUCCGCUUCCCCCUGAACGGGUACUGCCACCUCAACUCUGUGCAGGUAAUGAGAGCAGCCGGCUAAUCUCAUUUCAUUCAGGAUUCCUCAUAACUCUCAACACUUACAGGUUACUUCUGGCAAUGCUUUCUUUUAAUUCUUUUCAAUUGUUUGCCCACAGAGUUUACUUGUGUGAUGAUUUGUCCAUUCAGCUUCUUUUCAUCUGCUGUUACACUGCGGACAUUCAGAGUGGGACUAACGUCUGAUUCAGAAUCUCUUUUUUAAACCAAAAUGAAUCACAAGAACAGCCUAACAGAAAAAUGAGCUCUUUGAUGAGUUCAUCAAAGCAUCAAUUUAUCGAGCCAUCAUUACACAAGUCUACCACUAUCUUUACUUUUCUGUCUUCUGACCUGAAUACUGAUUUUAAAGUUAGACACCAGUACGGUGGAGGGUCAGUUUCGAAAUGAUGCUCCUCUUACAACCAGAGACAAACCUGUACAUUAAAAUCUAUAAACCAUUGAAACUGUAGACUUUUGUCUCAAUCUGCAGCAAAGCAACAAUGAAUGAGUUAAUAGUGAACUCAGGUCCUCGUGUAGGGGAAUGGUUGAAGCUUUGAAUCAUGGUGGGAAAUCCCUCCAAUGAGCAUAACCAUGGGAAACAACAAGGGGAAGCAAUCAGCUCAGGAUGCACAAAAACCUAUAAAGCUCAUGAUAGGAGACCAAAAUAAAAACUAAUGCCCUCAUGGAAUACAUUUUAGUAUUAAAAUAUGUCUCAAGAGGGGAGCUUUUGUGUGACAAAAACACACACACAAGUGUACAAGAUAGUCCACAGAGAGAUAAGAGUUACUGCUUUGUCCACAGGAGGCAUGAAACCCCAAAUUUAACGUCCCACACAGGAGCUUUAUGAAGACAAGACUCUAAUUGUGUUAUUUCUCUCAGUGUUCGGUUUAAAUCUCCUGUUAGGAUUUUUUAACCAAUUCUGAAACCUUUAAAAACAAACAAGACCAUUAUUUUAAAGCCUGUAGCUGCUGUGAGGGAGUGGGUGUCAAACCAGACAAUCUACUGAAGGGAUAGUCUGUUUUUUUUUACUUUAACACAGCAAGUAUUCAAAGUGAGUGAAACACACGAAAGACUAUCACUUUUUCGAGGAAAAAAAACACAGUACUUUCAUUUUUAUCUGGUAAAAUAGACCAAAGAUGUAAGAGAUAUCAUUUUGUCCACAGGGGGCGACAAAGUCAACGCAAACAGAAAGUUCCUCAUGGGAUCUUUAGAGUCAUGUAAAGAAACUCAAAGAGACAAUUAUUUGAAUAAUAUCUUCAUUUUAGUUCUAAUAUUUUAACAUUAUUAAUCAUAUCUAUGAAUUAUAAAUGUGGUGUUACUGCUGAUCAAACAAUCUAAACUGUUGUCGAGACCAAACUGCUACAGAAGUUUGAAGAAAACUAUAACUUUAAGGUUUUUUUUAAUGUCACCUUAUGUUAGAUGUUGAAAUAACUUUGGCAUCUGAACUUGAGACGAGUGGACAGGUUUGACAUAAUGUUUUCCAGACAAAACUGUAAAUGUAAGGCUAAGGAUAGAAAGCUAAGGAUAGAUUUUUAAAAGACAGCCUCUACAUGCAGGAAAAAGAAUAAUUGUAUCAUCUAUGCUCAGCAUGUAUCUGGCAAUAUAUUUUAUUUCUAUGAUUAUAUAUUGAUAUUCCACUGAUUCAUUGAUGCAACAAUCCUCAGAUAGGCAUCAAUAAAAGAUGGUAGAGAGGCAUAUUUGAAAAGAUUCACAAUGAUUUGGACCGUGACUCCAUCUGAGGAAGUCAAAUCUCCAUCUCCCUCCCAAAAACACACAAACAAACCCGUCUGUGAAGUAUGUGAGUCGUGGAGAGCGAGCAAGAGAGUGAGCAUGCUCCCUGGCAGGUUGUCCCCAGGCAGGGCCCAUAAUCCUGUUUGGUUAUUAAAGCACGCCGGCGGUGGAUGCUGUAUCUGCGGCUAAUGGAGGCAGGGCGGGGGUUUUCAGAGAAGGGAAGGGGGGGCAGAGAGAGCUGCCAGCAGUAGGGGGACCUUUGUAGUUUUGGCGGAGGCUUGGGCCUGAGGGCUGGGGGAGAAAACGAGGGGGGAGGAGGAGAGGAGGGGGGUUUUGCUGAGCAGUCCACACUGAGCCAAGUGGCAGAGAGAAAGCCUCACUGCUCCCUGGGGCCUCUUCGAUGGAAUGUGAUCCUACAGGCCCCCCGGACACGUCUGUAGAUGUCUGCGAGGCUGCAUGAUGAGGAACAGCUACACACACGCACUCUGACAAACACACGCACACACUGCCCGAAACAAUGAAAAUGAGGCAAAACGAGAGGCUCUUGGUUUUUGUGGAAGUCUCAUCCAAAUUCCCGUCACAGGCCGUAUGUUGCUGCAGCUUACUCCCAAAGCUGUUUCCAAUGUUAGAAUAACUUGGCUGCGUAUGACUAGAAAAGUUAAGAUGUUUCUGUGCUUCCCAGUCUCCCAGAACAAAAGGUCAGAGGUCACUUAAAUUUUUACGAUGAACAUGUUGGAGAAACUGAAAAGAGCAUCUCUACGGUUGACAUGGAUGAUCAAAUAAGUCAUCAAACAACAAGAAACUUAAGCCAGUGCUGUUUCUCCUUUCAUGGCUUUCUCGCUGAAUCGCUUCUGAUACCUUCGUCUUUCUCUCUCGUUCCUCGUCUUACAGGUUCUAGAGCGUCUCCAACAACGUGGCUUUGAGAUCGCCGGCUCCUGCGGUGGAGGCGUGGACUCAUCCCAAUUCAGCGAGUAUGUCCUGAGGAGGGAACUGAGGAGGCCUAGUCAGCGAGGACCCAAUUCAAACAGGAUAAAGCAGGAGCAGCUGGACUAG